AUGUCAAUAAUACUCGAUUCACCAUCAGCCCAGCACGACUUUCGCCGAGGUCCACACUGGUAUCAUGAAAGCCCAUUUCUCCCAAUUGGAGAAAAAUGCGAUAGAAAUGGGCCUGGAGCAUCUUCUCUGAAAGACAUCGCCACUAGACGCCUGCUGAUGGACCAGUCAGCAUUAAAGCCCGAGCUUUUUGAAUAUGUGCCAUGGAAAAUUGCGCAAGAGCUCUGGGAAUUCUUAGGGAGAAGGGGUAAACAAACGCUCUUGAUGUGGAAAAUCCUCACAAUGAGGUACUCAGAACACUUUCCCCAGAUCAGCCCGUCCUAUUGUUUGAGGACAAGAUCUCCUAGAAUACCUCUGAAGGGAUAUAUUGAUAUUAUAAGAAGCGAUGACUGCCAUUGGCGUGCUGCUUUGUCUCUUUCCACUGCCUAUGCCAGUGUAUCGGACCUUGUUGAUAUUGGCGACCUCAAGAACCUGGUGGCUCUUGAGAUCAACGGCCGAAUAUUCGACCAGAAUAUGUCAGCCAACAUGGAACCGAUUGAAAGGACGGAAUUGAAUGAUGGAAUUGUGCGCAGUUGGGUCGAUGUCACACAGUCUACAGGAUCGCUGGAGAACUUGCAAGUUCUGAGAAUCUAUCAGCAGAAUAGCCUGACGCAUCACAUUUUCUGGAUGCUUGAGAAACUACCACGCCUGAAGCUUGUCGUCAUAUACCAUUGUGAAAAGUUCACGCAAGAGUUCAGUCAUCCAAAGGCUAGAACUAAAAACGGAGUCCAAGUGGCAGGAUGGAAUGCUCAAAGAUAUGAUUGGCUUCCAGACGGCCCCCAAAAGACGGACGCCUUGAAAUAUUUGGGACCCCUCCUCAAAGUCUACGAGGAAGGAUUGUGCCUCAAAGAUCCAGACCAUAGGCGGAAGGCCCCCAAAUUAGAUCCCAACAUCCCAAUGAUGGAGUUUGGCCUCCCUGCCCUCGCUUGCGAUGACGCUGAAAAAGAAAGGAGGAGAGCACAAUACGCAGCAAAGUCUAUAUUCCUAUUCACUCGGGAUAAUGAUUACAAUGAUCGAAAAAGAGCACCACAUGAGAUUCAACAACCUCGAAAUACUAGCAAGCGGAGAAUGAAGGAACGGGGAGGAAGAGAGAUGGCAGAUGUGCUUGGGGACUUUUUCGGCAUGUGA